GCACCUGUGUCAAUAGUCAACGUAUAUUAGACGUGGAUACGUAGAUACAGACAUAUAUACAUACAUUCAUACAUUCAUACAUAUAAAUAUAUAUAUAUAUAUAUGUAUAGUGAAUGUAUAGUGAAUAUAUAGAUACAUACAUAUCUGUAUAUAUAUAUAUAAUAUAAUAUAAUAUUAGACGUGAAUAUAUAUCCACACACACACAUAUAUAUAUAUAUAUAUAUAUAUAUAUAUAUAUAAUUAUACGAUAUACGACUACGAAAAUAAGUGUAUAGCUUAUUAAGUAAUACACCUGCAAUCUGGGUAUCUUAUACAAUGCACGCGAAGUCAUCGAAACCGGGGCUCAUUGCCUUGCUUGCACUUGUGCAUAUAGCAGAUGGCUUAUACACUGCAAUAUACGAAUACCCACUUACGUGUGCCACUGGAUCCCACAAUGUAACAGCACUGUCCCACAUGGAAACGCGGGGUGCGUAUGCUCAGUAUUACCCUAGUUACUCUGUAGCGGGCAAUUGUGUUAAUAGUGCGCUCCCGAACCUGGCCCAUAUACACUACGACCGUGUAGAGAACGGCGUUGAUAUGCAAACGAUUGGAAAUAUCAAAGGGGCAGUCGAUCCGACCGGUUUUCAUUAUAGCGCGCCCGAUUUGUACGAUUACUUUUUCGUACGCUGGUCAUAUAGAAUGGUAUUCCCGUGCUCAGGAUGGUACCAGAUGUGGACGAACUCUGACGACGGAAUAAGGGUGUAUAUGAAUAAUGUAUUGGUUGCCAAUGACUAUUCGUGUCAUGCUGCUCAAUUAAAGGCGUUUAAAAGUGGGAGUUUUUGGAUGGAUGCUGGAACUGUACGGGCCUUUGAGGUGAAUUUCUUUGAGAAGGGCGGCGAUGCUGUAGCACGACUGGAAUGGCGAUACUCAGCUACAAACUCCUUCUUAGGCAGCACAACGAUCGUUCCCUAUCAGUAUAUGGUCCCAAGCAUGACUGCAGAGGUGCUGGUUACCACACACAAUACAAUUACCGUGAGUGGCAAACCCGAAAUUGAAUAUUUCGAGGCUCGCCUUUCAGAAAAGCCAACUGAAACCGUAUACGUCGAUAUCUUCAACCUGGCCGGAGGGGACAUCUUUGGCGUUGAUAAGUGCGUUCUGGUAUUCACGCCUGAGAAUUGGGAGACUCCGCAGAGAGUACACGUUGCACCGAUUCUGGAUUCCGUAUCCAACCGGAAGGUAGAAGGGACUAUGUGGAUCACACUGGAGCCCAGAGACAAUGACCAAUUUGCUCCCGGGGGUGUGGCAGUGAUUGACCCAGCCACAGCCCCUACCGCCGGUGGUUUAGAACCAGGCAGAGUGCAGUGUAAAGGGUGGGGAGAUCCCCAUUACACCAUGUUCGAUGGAAGCAGAUUCAAUCUGUACGCCCAGGGUAUGUUCACACUGUUUCGUAACUACGAUGGAGACCUGGGUGUGCAAACAUAUCUGCAGCCGUGCGAUGACAUCGGUGCACAAGUCAGUUGUACGUUCAUUGGGUACAUGACCUACAAAGGCACCAAGGUGCAAUUCAGUAUGAACCAGGGCACUUCCUUCGAUGAUAUUUGGGAUCCUACGGUGCAAGUUGAUAUCCUGGCAGACGGUGGGACAGCCGUGGGCUUUACCCAGGAAUCUGCGAACAAAGUGGUCUUCAGUCUGCCUAAUGGUAUUAAAGUAACGUGCACCACCGGCUUCUACCGUACGCAGCGAACAGAUGGCAACCACUGGAGGUACCUUAAUUACUAUGUCGAGGCACCUGCAUCUCAGCAAGACAGACUGCUGGGUCUGUGUGGCUACUUCAACGGCGAUGGGUCAGACGAAAAUACCGAUGCGAGUUGGCUGGCCACGGAGUGGAUUGUUCCCUCGUCGGAAUGGAUCAUCAACGGUGGCAUGAAUCCAAUGGUCGGUCCUUCCCCGUCGCCUCAAGUAGUUGGUACUGGAGAAGUGGACUCCUCCGAUUACGUAUCGCCUAAUGAUGGGACUACCAUUGAUAACUUUGUCUUCGAGCCUGCCUGCAAUCCAAAUGUGGAUCCCCGCUCGCCCCUACCAACGCCUGUUCCUGGGACACCCCCAGUCGUACUUAUACCACCAGCACUUAACGAGUCGUAUGUACCGAUUGUCGACCCUCCGCUUGACCCUGCUAUCCAAGAACUGUGCGAAGCGAUGAUCAACUCGGAAAUCUGUCCGAAGAUGAGUACCCAGGAUAUCACCGGCUUCGUGGAAGGCUGCACAAUUGACACUCAGCUUGCAUUGCUGGAUACUCCACCUCCUGAGGCUGCCGAACCCUUCUUUGAGGCUUGUACCUUCGACACGGCGAAUGUUAACGAAUGUAACACAUGUACCGCUCUACAAACAUGUGACGAAACCGGUUCAUGUGUGACUGUAGGAAGCAACUGCGGGUCUGGCUGUGGCACACCCGAACAGGGCACUUGUGACGAGAAUAAUGCCGUGUGUGUGUGUACCGAAAACUACAGUGGAGACCACUGUGGUAUCCCCGAUGAUCCCUGUACAGCAUCGCCGUGUGAAAAUGGAGGCGUGUGUACAGCUGAAGGUCUGCAGCCCAUGUGCUCGUGCCCGGAGAACUUCACGGGAGUGCGGUGCCAGUUGUACCCUGUAUGUUCGAACAGGCUGCAGGAGACUGGCACUACCAGGCUGAUUCAGUUGGAAGUGUACACCAAAUGCGUGCCUCCUUAGGCCGGGCAUUGUGGGCAACAAUGCAUACCUGCAUAAAUUUAGACUGCCAUCUGAGCUCAAUAAUUAGUAAUCAUCAGGUAGCCAAAUAUGGCACCAAGUUAUGAAAUUAUAGACUCUACGAUGAAAUAGGACCGAUCUUUUAUUCUCAAGCAUUGUACUUAAUGAGACAGCUAAAGAUCUGGCUCCACGAUUCUAAGUUACUUCUACUGAAGUCGAUCUAUCUAGUGUAUGUAACUAUUAAACGUAUUGAUGAAUGAAA